AGCAAAGACUAGCGGCCCAAUCCCUCUAGGGUUUUUGUAGCUUUUGUUUCCCUCGUUCCUCUCGUGGAGUCGCCGUCUAGGGUUUCCGCUUCCUCCCCCAUCCAGUCCCCCACCGCCAUGGACUUUGACGAGUACGACUACUUGGAGAAGGCAGUCGAGCCGUCAGUCCCCUCAACCAACGGUGGGGGUGAGAAGGACCGCAGCUCGCGCCGCCGCUCCUCCACCGCCGGCGGCGGCGGUCGCGACCAAGAGGAGCGCGGAUCGAAGCGUCCUCGCUCGGGAGAAGACCGCGAGCGGCACCGCAGCGGCCGUGAGCACCGCGACCGGGAAGACGGGAAGGAGAAGGCCGACCGCGAGAAGGUUAGGGAGAAGGACGAGGGCCGCGACCGCGAGAAGGUUAGGGAGAAGGACGGGGGCCGCAGCCGAGAGAAGGUUAGGGAGAAGGAUGAGAGCCGCGACCCUGAGAAGGUUAGGGAGAAGGAAGAGAGCCGGGACCGAGAGAAGGUCAGGGAGAAGGAUGGCAGCCGCGACCGUGAGAAGGUUAGGGAAAAGGAGCGGGAGGGUAGGGACAGGCUUAUGGAGAGGGAAAAUGGGAGGGAGCGGAGGAGCCGUAGCCGCUCAGAGCGGCGCCGUGGGGAGGAGGAGGAGAUGGUGAGGGAGCUCCAGCGGGAGCGUGAACGCAGCGACCGCCACCGUGACUACAGAGACCGUGAUUUCAGGCGUAAGAAAGAUGAUGGUACAGAACCAGAAGUUGACCCAGAAAGAGAUCAAAGGACUGUAUUUGCCUUCCAGCUAUCGUUGAAGGCAGAUGAAAGGGACGUCUAUGAGUUCUUCUCAAGAGCAGGGAAGGUUCGUGAUGUCCGCCUUAUCAUGGACCGAAACUCGCGGCGUUCCAAAGGAGUUGGGUACAUCGAGUUCUAUGAUGUCAUGUCUGUUCCAAUGGCAAUUGCUCUAACCGGUCAGCCGCUCCUAGGGCAAGCAGUCAUGGUUAAGCCAUCAGAGGCCGAAAAGAACUUAGCUCAGUCAAAUGCGACAUCUGGUGGAGCAGCUUCAGGUGGAGCAAGAAAGCUGUAUGUUGGCAACCUUCAUUCCAAUAUCACCGAGGACCAGUUGAGACAGGUCUUUGAACCAUUUGGGCAAGUGGAGCUUGUCCAGCUGCCGGUAGAUCCACUCACUGGGCUGUGCAAAGGUUUUGGUUUCAUUCAGUUUGCACGGCUUGAAGAUGCAAAAGCUGCUCAGAGUUUAAAUGGCCAACUUGAUAUUGCUGGGAGAGUAAUAAAGGUCUCGGCUGUUACUGAUCAGGGCGGUGUGCAACUUGGCACAACUACUGGAGAUUUAGAUGAUGACGAAGGUGGAGGCUUGGCAUUAAAUGCAAGCUCUAGAGCCCUUCUGAUGCGGAAAUUGGACCGCAGUGGCACUGCAACCAGCUUAACUGGUGGCAUUGGUGCUCCUGGAUUGAACUCAUCUGUUGGAUUGCCCGCUGCAUCAGUGCUUGGAGCUCCUCUGACAGCUGCUUCUCUUCUUGUACAGCCUGUUGGAGCAGUUCCAGGGGCACCUCUUCCUAUCAUCUCUCAAUCUGCUGAUAUUGGUACACCUACUGAAUUCCUAUUACUGAAGAACAUGUUUGACCCAUCAGUGGAGACGGAUCCUGAUUUUGAUUUGGAUAUUAGAGAUGAUGUGCAAGAGGAAUGUUCGAAAUUUGGUGUAGUGAAACAUAUUUUUGUUGACAAGCAUACUGCUGGCUUUGUGUACCUGCAUUUUGAUAGCGCAACAGCAGCAGCAAGUGCGCAACGAUCACUUCACGGCCGAUGGUUCGCUGGAAAGAUGAUUACGGCAACCUUUAUGACAGCACACCAGUAUGAAAUGAAGUUCCCAGACCGCGCAGGUAUGGAAUGAAAUUCACAAAGCAGACAAGUUAUCUGGUGAUGGAUCUAGGGCUGUUAAACGGUUCCAAUUGAAGUUGUGAAAUCUUGAGUGGAGUAACCUUGUUAGUUAUUGUUUCCUGUAACAUUAUGAACACUAGAGGUCUGUUGUCUGGGCAGUUGCAUCUUUUGUGAUAAUUGGAGAUUUAUUCCUUUUCUUUGUAGCAGUAUGUGAAAAUGCUGGAUUUUCUUUUCUAUGUCAUACAAAAAAAGGUCAAGAAAUGUAUAACAUGGUUAAAGCAUUUGAGUUCUUUUACCUUCUA